AGGGCAGCCCUCUCCGCCCGCCCCGGGCUCAGGCGCUUUGCAAGAGGAGGCGCAGCCGGGUUAAAAGCAGCUGUCGGGAGGAACCUUUGGGUUUGGAGCCAGCGAACGCUGGGACCUAAGGCGCCCGCAUCCUCCGGGGCGUUGAUCUGCCGGCCGCCGCCACAGGCUCCGCGCGGUGCUGAAACAGGUCAAAGGAUACAGAAGAGAAGAUGGACUGGGGAACAUUGCAGAAGGUUUUAGGAGGUGUAAACAAACACUCCACCAGUAUUGGGAAGAUCUGGCUCACUGUCCUCUUCAUUUUCCGUGUUAUGAUCCUUGUGGUGGCUGCAGAGAAAGUCUGGGGAGAUGAACAAAAUGAUUUUGUUUGCAACACUCUGCAACCUGGAUGCAAAAAUGUUUGCUACGACCACUUCUUCCCCAUCUCUCACAUUAGACUGUGGGCCCUUCAGCUCAUCUUUGUCUCGACUCCUGCACUUCUCGUGGCCAUGCACAUUGCACACAGAAGACACGAGAAGAAAAGGCAGCUCACAAGUGGUCACAAAGUGGAUAUUGAAGAACUGAAUAAACAAAAGGUUCAUAUUCAGGGCCCCUUAUGGUGGACUUACACCUGCAGCAUCUUCUUCAGAAUGGUCUUUGAAGCUGUCUUCAUGUAUGUGUUUUACGUCAUGUAUGAUGGAUACCAAAUGCCUCGCUUACUGAAAUGUAGUGCGUGGCCUUGCCCCAACACAGUGGAUUGCUUUGUUUCUCGACCCACUGAGAAAACUAUGUUUACGAUUUUCAUGCUUUCUGUGUCUGGGAUCUGUAUGCUGCUCAAUAUGGCUGAAUUGUGUUAUCUGGUGAUAAAACUAUGUAUGAAAGCACCUAGGAAACUAGCAACUUUAAAAUAGCAACCCACUCAAUAGAAUAUUUUUCCUCUCAACUUCCAGAUCAGGGAUAUUUUUCAGGCUGAAUGAAAAAAAAGUAAACAAAAUGCAAUUCCUUUUAAAAAUUGGAUAGCCCUCCCAUGAAACUUAAUGAGUUUUUAAAGAUCCUCUGUGUAUGCUGAAUACUCCCUUAACUGAAUACUCAGAGAGCCUGAUCCUGCAAGCUGAAAGUUUUGAAGUUUGCUACUGAUGGUAGAGAAAAGCCCUGCUGUGAUUCUAGUGCUAAGAAGCCAAUGGUGGGAGUCAUUGUAAAAGGUGAUACACUUCUUGCUGUGGGAGAGGCCAGAACAGGGAGAUCAGCGCUCACCUAGCAUGAAGUGUGUAUUGCACCAGACACUUUCAGUGAUGGAGCUUCUAAGAGGGGUUUGGUGUGAAUGGGACAGAGAUUUGAUUUUGGGCAUUUUUACACAUUCUAUAGUACUAGAGACUCUCCUUGCUGCACUGAAAAGAAAGGAAAACAGAGGGUCAAUUGCAUCUAUGGCAAGGUCUUUGUUUCUCUCUCCAAGCAAUCCCUGCAUACAUGGAGGGUGGGCUUGUAGAUACAUGUUUGGGGAGUGAAGAAGGCAGGGGCAGGCAAGAGAAAGGAUUAAGGAUGUGUAUUGUUCCUGGCCUCAAGCCCCACUGAGGAUGUACUAUACAUAUAUGUGCGUAUAUAUAGUGUAUACACAUAGACAGUCUACAACUGUAUUGUUCAGUAGAUUCCUUCUAACCUUUAGAUCUGCUCUCAGGGGGUGGGUUGUUCAGUCAGCCAGUGGUGAAACAAACCAUGACAGUGCAGCUUCCAUAGAGGCAACCUUACAGAAGCUAGCAUUGUAGGGGGUAGAAUUGGAACCCUGACUUGGUGCCUGAGAGAAGCAAGAAGGCGAAUACCGCCUUCCCAUAGCAUAAUUUAGAGAAAACAUGAGGCCAGCUCUCCAAAGGCGUUUUCUUCUUCCACUCUUGCCCUGCAAGAAAUUUUUCCAUCAGAAGGGAUGGUGCUAUGGGCUUCUUUUGGUAGGUUCAGUUUCUAACAUUUUAAAGGAGAUUUUUACUAAAUGACUGGCCCACCUUCAGUUGCUUAUUUGAAAAAUUUGUGCAAGGUAAAUUGCUGUGUUAUCAUUCCAUCUUGCAUUGCUCAGGUCAACUACUAUACUUCAUCUCUCAUUACAUAAUACACUGCAGAAUGAACUCUCAUAGAGUUCUAACACAGUUCUCUUCUUUCUAUCCGUUCUGUGUUGCACUGAACCAUAACUACUUCUCCAAGUCCUCACCUAACCCACAGUAGGGUCUAUUCUUCAUCACUCCUACUUAGAGCAUGAAUCACUCUUCCCUCAUUUCACAAGGUACACAGGAGGAGUUAGAAGUUCCCCACAGAGCUAAAACAACACUGUCUUGAUCUGGGAGAUGUGUAUAUUACAGGAACCUGCUUUUCCGUUUAAAGUUCCCACUUGUAAGAUGUAAAUUGCACGUAACUAAGUAAAGGACUAGCAAGAGUGCAUCUGGCCCUGUAUCUUUACGAUAUCUUUAUAACAUUAAAAUUUACAUAUUUACAUAGGGAAUUACAGUAUUACAUGUAGCCGUACAACGUCAGCACUUUUCCCAAGCGCCUGUCCAUUAGAAGUGACCGCAAAGACCCAGUUACUCCUAUCGUAAGCUACAAGAACUUGAUAUGCUCAGAGAGGGCAUAUUUUAGGGGCGACCUAUAGAGCAUCAAUAUUCUCCCCUUACAUCUAGGGCUGUAUCUACACUGGUGUGAUCUUGCGCAAAAGCCGCCACUCUUGCGCAAAAACUUGCUGCUU